UCCCCCCUUCCCCCGGUCUCCCCCAGCACGCAGGCGCGUCUUCUCAAAUCCUGUCCCUAACCCCUUCCUCUUUGUCGUCUUUUUGUUCCCUCUCCUCUUCCAGCGACUAAGCAGGUUCAAAUUCUCUGGAGGGUGGCAGCGAUCGCAAGGUCACGUGAUGAGCAUGCUGCUGCCCAACAUGGCGGAGUUCGACACUAUCUCGGAACUGGAAGAAGAGGAGGAGGAGGAAGAAGAAGCGGCAACGUCGUCGUCUUCGUCGCCGUUGUCGUCAGUUUCGGGGCCCGACCACGACGAUGAAGAUGAUGAGGAGGAGGAGGAAGAGGAGGAGGAGGAGGAAGAACGGGCGCCCCCGCCUCGGGUAGUGAGCGAGGGUCAUCUGCGUCGAUAUGCCCCCGACCCUGUAUUGGUUCGGGGCGCCGGCCACAUCACUGUUUUUAUACGUUCCCAUCUUUUGACCUCCAACUUUCCUUCUGUUCUUUUUGGAAAAUUUGCCCUGGAAGAAUUUAAGACCAGCAUUGGCCGAGUGAAUGCAUAUUUAAAAAAAGCUCUCCCAGUUAAUGUGAAAUGGCUGCUGUGUGGUUGCCUCUGCUGCUGUUGCACACUGGGUUGCAGCCUGUGGCCUGUUGUUUGUCUCAACAAAGGAACCAGAAGAUCAAUUCAGAAGUUAUUAGAAUGGGAAAAUAACAGAUUGUAUCACAAGCUUGCUUUGCACUGGAAGUUGACUAAAAGGAAAUGUGAAACUAGCAAUAUGAUGGAGUAUGUAAUACUAAUAGAAUUCUUACCAAAAUAUCCCAUAUUCCGACCUGACUGAGGAAUUUUAUUCAAUCACUUCUGUGUUACCUGUCAUUUCCCACCCUUAGUGCCUUGUAGAUGAUUUUGGAAUGAAGAUGGUCUCCUUUGCUGUGUUCAAAUCAUUCUUUAUAAUGGUAGAAUAUUCUCUUUUAUUUGUGUUUGUUUAAGAAGAAACUUUGCACAUCUUUUUUAUGUUAAAUAAGGCUUGUAUUUUGCGCUUUCACUUUUUACACACAUCAUAUAUAUACACACAUGCAUAUAUACAUACAUAUAUAUGUGCGUAUAUAUGUGUGUGUGUGUAUAAAAUUUGCCACUAAAGAUAAAACAUCAGUGCUGGUGUUCAAAGAAAAACUUGUUUUGAGCAUGCUGCCUUAUAAUUUUCACACCCACUGUUUCUAAAUAUGCAGCAUUUUCCAGUCUGUUUAUGCUCUGUAAUCCCUUCCUGUACACAUUUAAAUAAGCUUUGGUAGCUUUUAGAAAUGGUUUUACUCUAAUCUGCUUUUAAAGGACAUGCAAUUAAUAGCACUGGUUUUGUCCUGCACUUUGCUAAAUUAUCACUUAUGUUAGUGGAUAAAGUAUUUAAUCAUCUAAAGACUUGUAAAUAUUGUCUCUUUGCAUAAUGUAAAAUGUGGUAUGCUAUCGUUUACAAAAUGUAAUUUUACUCUUACUGUAUUGUCAACAAUUGUGCAUAGAUUUUAAUAUGAAUGAAGUUUGCAAGCAUCCUUUUGAAUGUAUAGAUCGUUAACAUGCCAUUUAUGGCAAAGCCAUAAUAAGUGUGUUAAAAAUUUCAGGUGUAGGGCAGGAUUGCCCCUGUAACAAGUGGAUUAAAAUUGAAGUCAUUGUUCCAGAUAUUCUGCAUUGCCCCUGAAACCAAGAACCUUAUUUUUUGAACCUUUUUUUUUUUUUCGUUUAAUUCAAUAAUUCCCAUUCUGUCCACCACUCCCACCCCCAAAGGAAUUCCUUUGGCAUCUGACACAUCUCAGCUCCACAGUCAUUCACUUCUUCCCUUUAUGUAUCCUCUCCCUCUUUUGAAAAUACACACAGCUAUGCCCUUUAAAGAAUGUUUUAAACUUCAGAUGUCUUCGGAGAUUCUAAACCCCCGUGAAAGCUACUCCUAACACUUUCUGGAGAUCUGAUACUGUACUUUGGGAAAGCGAUUGCACCUAAAGAAUAUAGAGUGGCUGAUUGGUAGUUGAUAAAAUAUUCUAAAUUAUCUUUUUGAGGAUCUUUUUUAAACAUAUGGGUAUUAUUAAUGAGGAAAGACAAGUGUUUAGACAAAAGGGUUAGUUUAUAAAUUUACCACACAUGUAGCCUUUUCACUGGUAUUUCUCAUUACAGUUAAGAAGAGGGAGAGCACCACGCUCUAACUCUACUAGAAUUUAAAAUUUUAACAUAAUGAAAGUUUUAUAUCAUGUCAAUUCAACUACAAAUGUAUGCCUGUAUGUAGGCAUUUGUAAUUCAUAGUGCUAAAAAUAGAUUAAAAGUAUCUGGGACUGAAUAAUAUUUUAUCUGCCACCUUAUUCUUAAUGCUUUUAAUAAACAUUUUAGACAAAUAUUCAUCCCAGUGAAGAGAAUAAUCCUUUCUUCAUACAAAGUCAAGCCCUUUUAAGCUACUUUUAAGAUUUAUGCCUAAUUUGAAAUCCACAGUCCUUGACCAGUUAAUAAAGAGGGGAAAAGGAGAUACUAUUUGAUACAUGAUUGUAAUUGCACAAAAACUUUUCCACCUCCCUCUGUACAGCCUCAUUACCCUCAUGCCACCCAGCCACCCACAAUCUCUAUCUUUUAAUAUAUUGUGUAUGCCUGCAAAUAUGUUUCUGCCUGCUGCAAAAUUGAAGUUGUAUUUCUAUUGGGAAGGUGGAAACCUCUGAAAAGGUAUACCAAAUGUCUUGUUUUACAGCUAAGGUCAGGGAAAAAUUGUUAUCUGUAGUUUCUGUUCCAGCUGCUUCAAACUGUGACAUUUUAAUACCAAAAUUGGUUUCCAGCAUAAUACAAAAUUUCUAAUUAUCACUGAUAGAAUAAUUGCUUUUAAAUGUCAACCCUUAAAAUCUCAUUUUUUUUCUGUAAACUUAGAAUUUGGCCCUGUCAUGGUCAUAGUAACUUUUUCUACCAUGUAUAAAUCAUGCUUGAUUUUGCUCAAAGAACUCCAGGAAGUAGUGAAUUGUUUCCAUGAAACAAAUAUUGAGACAGGAUUAGAAUGUUUCUGGAGGUGAGAGUAUGAUUCAAGUAAGAGUAAUAUUUGUCAUAAAAACCAUUUACCAGCAUGUGUAAACUUAAUUUUAAAAACUACCCUAAUCACUCUUAAAUAUGAUUUUAUUGUUCAUUAUGCUAGUUGACUCAUUUUAUUUUCUAUAACUACCCAGAAAAUACCCAAUUUUCUUUUUCUCUCUCUUACGUGGCUGCUAUUUCAAACUGUUUUCCCUUGGAGGGGCCUAAUUAGCAGUUGGGUAUUUUGGAAUAUUUGGUGGUUUGUUUUCUUUUAAAUGAAACUGGCAGCAGUGAAUACUGAAAUGACAGAGCAUGUUAUGGUAAUUAAUUCUACUUCCAUCAAGCUUUUUCUUUAAUCAUCAGUAUAGAACAUUCUUGAAUUUUUCAAUUAUGUUAGUAAAAUAUUUUUGUGAAGGUUGUUUUUAGAUUGAAGGAAGUAGUUUUGAAAUUCUUUGUCACAUAAUUUUCUUUUAAGAAACCUGCUGCUGUAGUUUCCAGAGAAAAUAACAUGUAUUUGCCAAAGUACAUAAAUCUCACAAGGCUUGCAGAUUACAAGUCAAAACUGUUCUUUCUCUAACUUUCCUCACCUCUUAUUUGUGCAUAAAAUGGAAUAAGCCCUACACCAUUUCAUCUUCACCCUUACAGUGGGGGUUUGGGCCAUAAUGAAUACAGACUUGUGCCACUUCAUCUUCAUUCCAUUCUGGGUCUCACUUCUUUAUAAUUGAUGUAUGAAUGCUUCUCAUUUGGUCCAAGAUUCUGAUCUAAUACAUUGAUCCAUCUGGUAAUUUUUAAGCUUGUCCAGAAGCCUAAUAGCAUGUGUAGUAUUAUUAAUAUCAAAUACAGGCAAGUGUUAUUUACAGAUUUAUUAGCUCCAUUCCAGACAUAUUCUCUACUCUCUGUUCCCUCCGAUCCCUGUGUUGACUUAGGAAAGAGCCCAUUGUCAUCAAACCUUAGUAGUAGAUGGAAAAGUGCCUUGUCUGUUUUUAACAAUGAUAACAUAUUAAGCUUAAGGAAGCAGAGUGAAUGAAUUGGUAGAUCAUUAGAUUAAAAAUCACCCUUUUCAAAUAGGUAUAUGAAUAGUUCAGAAGCACAUUAUAUUUUUAUUAUUUAAAGUCCAUUUCCUUAUUUUCCCCCAAUCAUGUGAUAUAUUGUCAAAAUGCUUUAGAACUUUCAGCCAUAAUUUCAGCAGUAUAAUUCUAAUGCUGGUAAACAUGUAAACAUGUAAUUGAGCAUAGUUCUGGAAGGACAAAGUCUCUGAAACCCUUCCAAACAUCACAUAUUUAUUGCACAUUCUAUUCAUACUAUUAUGACCUGUAAACACUAAUGUCAGAGCAGUUAAUCCAAUUGUAUUAAUAUUUAUUUUAACACUAUACCAUUUUAAAUUAAAUUUAUGCUUGCUUGUUCAUAAUUUAAGUAAAGUUCAAUAACAUUUAUUAGCCUAUGAACAAAUAGGGUUUUUCCCAAAUGUAUGAGAGCUUUAAAAAAAAGUCAUUGCCAUUUUAAUUUUGUUUACAAAUGAACUGCCACUUAAAAAAAUCAAACCUCACUACUUGAACAUAAAGUCCCCAAACAAUAUUUCAUUAGGAUUUACUAUGUUGACCUAGGAGAAUAUAGAAAUUGUGCACGACUGAUUAAUUGGAGCCAUUUCCCAUAAUGGAAAUACUUUUUGCUAAUUUGAUUAUAAGUUGCUUAGAUUCAUUUAAAUUAGGUCCUCUUAUGCCUAUACAAGUCUGCUUUUAAAAAAAAACUGUUUUGCAACAGUUCUCAAAUUGUUCAGGUUCCUUUAAAUGGUGAACUUCUGGGAACUUCCCCACAAAAAAGGAAUAGAGUUUAUUAAUAACUUUUCAUGUAUUAUUACAUGGAUUAAAUAUAAUUGAAAGAUAUAUAUAUAUAUAUAUAUUAACCUUAUCUUGCCCCAAACCUUAUCUCGCCCCAAAUUUCCCUUCCCUGAAUCUGAGCCAGCCUUUUUGUUUUGAUGAUGCUAACCUGAGAAUAUGUCCCAUUUUCUGUGCACUGUCAAAUUCACAAAAUAUGAGGAAAUGAUCUAAUAUGGUAGACUUCAGGCAAGUCACAAACUAUACAAGUCUCAUUCUCUUCAUUUGUAAAAUCAUGGGUUUGAACCUAGAGCUAGGCAGAAAACAUUUGUGAUUCAAGGAAUGGUUAGAAAAUUAUUACUCUGAAUGGUUAUUCAGAUCUACUACUCUUGGUGGACACUUUCACAGUGCCUUGCACUUAGGAAAAAAGUUUGAUAUUUGCCUACUGGCUGCUAGCUGAUAUGUGUUUGUAUCACAGAGACUCAAAGAACCUGAGGCCUGCUAGACCUCAGCCAGUCCAAGGUGAUAAAAGAAUGAAUGUAGUUUCCCUGGGAACUGGAAACUAAGGGCUGUGAGUUUUGCAUAUAUGGAACUUGACUACGCAGCUAUAACUGGUAUCAAGGCAAGAAUUAUAACCGUGACAACAAGGGGUGUAUGAGAAGACCAUUUUGACAUUUAUGUGCUAAGAGUUUCAUAUCCUAUCCAGCAUCUGCUUCAGUGUCUUAUCAAGUCACGCACUCUCAAAAAGGUCUAUUGGAAAAAAUUGAUACUGUUAGAUAAAAAGGAAAUUGGUAUGGUAUUCAAACCCAAAUCAUUUCUUGUUUAAUUCUCAGCUCUGCUGCUUGAUUCCUCUGUACCUCAUGUCCCCAUCAUUGAAGUGGGGACAAUAAUCUGGACCUACCUCACAGGGGAAUUGAGGAUAUCUUUCAUAUAUUAGUGUGCUUUUGAAGUUGACUGAAAGAUAUACUGAAUAUCAUAAUUGUGUAAUUUCUGAAUAGAUUCCUUUAAAUCCAUGUUGUUGUCUUUUUCAUUCAAACCCUUCAGAAUGAAUUCUGCAGUUGAACUAUAUUUUCAGUAGCAAAUUUUGCUGUUAAUCCCCUAUGUGUUCAACAUGGGCAGUUGUGUUAUGUUAAUACUUGAGUUAGGGAAGAAAACCUGGUGGAUGUAAACGAGUAGUUACCACUUUGGGGCAGGUGAAGAUAGCAACUGCGGCACCUUUGAGUCUUUUCAAUAUCUCAAAAAGUGAACUAGAAAUCAUAUACUUACCCAUAAUAUUCCUGCUGCACAAGCCAACUAAGACAUUGAAUUUCCUUGCAUAGUGCUUAUAUUUUUUUCAAUUUUGUCUGUUAACAAUGGUUAUCACUUAUUGAUCAGAAGUUGUGACUGGCAGUUUUGCCUUUGAUAAAUAAAAAAAAAAUCAAGAAAUCUUAUCAUUA